AUGCCACCGUUUAAUCGCAGUGAGAAGAUUUAUCAACUUUGCACCGACCAGAACGAUCGAAUAUUUCUGAACAAUAAUGAUGGAGGAGUGCUAAAAUUUUAUUUGGAAAAAUAUAUACUAUGCUGGCCGGACUAUGUUCGAUUUGUCCCAAACAAGCAUCAUGCCAUUGUAUGGUUCUUAAAAUCAUUAAGAGGCUGCGAAGUGAAUCAAAUCUUCAAAUAUCCCAAUAAACGACAAAAAGAUUACGAUCGCCGAUUUCAACUCAGAUUCCUCAAAUAUACAUAUGCGCUGAUUUGUGAAAAAGGCCAUUUGAUACCGCAGAAAGAACAUUUUUAUUUAUACGUGUACUCCGGAAUAUUCAACACGUUGUAUCAAGUCGACAAUCCGGAUAGACAGUUGAUUUGCGAUCGCAUAUCCGAUGUAUACUCCGAUUUGUAUGGUCGAUGUUAUGUGCCGCAUGUUGAGAAGAGGCAGUCAAAAAUAAAAGAGCGUUGCAAUGGAAUUUCGGCGCCGUUGCUCAAAUUUCAGGAUUUCUUUCAGCGAUUUUCACGAACAUGUGACACAUUUGAUGAAUUUGUGAAAAGGAAUAACACCAUAUCAAAUAUUGGAUUAGCUUUAACCGAAGACGUGACUUUCAUGAAUCUUCUCAGUUCGAACUUAGUCUCAAAUAUUCAUUCAGACUCGGAGCUGCCGUCUCUUGUCCUUAAGACAAGGCUUCUACUCCAACACUUUUCAUUGGCUGCAAUAAAAUUGUGGAACCAAUUAGAGACGGUGAAAGCUUGUCGAAUGGAAACCCAUGCACUUCAUGCAGAAAGCUUUGUGAAUGAGACUGAGGAGGAUAAAUCUCUAAGAUUGAGUAAUCUAAUUACUCACAAUUGUUGCCCGUCAGGAAACAUUCACAUUUGUGAUUUGAACAACGAGCGGAGCUAUCGAAGUCUUGCUGAAUAUGCACUCCUCGGAUUUCGCGUUGAAGCGGUUCUUCUCAUUGCGGUUUUCUUCAACACGGUUCUCCUCGCGUUUCUACUUCUCAAGACGAGAAAAAAUCUCUCGACGGCCACCGUUCUAUUCGUCUUCAAUAUAAUGUUUUCAAAUGUUUUAUUCAUGAUGUCAUUCUCAUUCUUCUUCAUCGAUCUGAUCUCCAGUAAAAGUUAUGGAGCAGUGAACGAAGAUUAUCAAGAGAAAAAGCCGGAGCUAAUUGUCGCUGAGACGUUGCAAACUCAUUUGUUCGCUUCUGCCGAGUUCCGAAAGCAUUUGAUACAGGAAACUCUCUAUUCGCUGGCACAGAAUGGUAGUCUAACUGGCCUUAUUCAUCUGCUGGUUCUUGUUUUGGUGGUUAUUAACCGGUCAAUGUCUGGCAAAUCGAUACAUUUGUCGAAAAUUUCGGUGAUCUCAGUUUUCGCUUGCGUUUGGAUAUUUCUAAUUGCCUCACAUGCGAUGUUCUCAACAAUGCAGAUGAGCGCGAUUCAAAAUCUCGACGAACUUUUUUCGACGCUAGCAAAAGGUCGAGUAUCGCUGAGUUGCAAUGCUGCUCAAAACUCGGGCUAUGAGGAGAUUGCGGCGCAUUGCGAUCGGACAGCAAUCUUUCAUGCAUUUGGGGCAUACUUAUUAAGGGGUCACACGUUGUUCACCGUUCUAUUUCUUUCCGCUUCAAUUGUGAUUUUCGUGAUCACUGUGACAUACCAUAUCAAAGUUCGCCGGCAACAUGACAUUAUUCACAAUGAGAUGAGCAGCCGGAAACGUGCUCGAGCUCAAUCACCACAUCGUCGAAGGGAACGAUUAUUUCACACUCUGAUCCUCUCGAUCGUCACCUUUUUCUUCUCUGUUCUCGGACAAACUUAUAUUGAAAUUGCUGUUUUUUGGGUUAACGAUAGGGAGGAUAUUGCGAAGCUGUCAAAAUGGUACCACUUGACGAGAAUCUUGGCAUUCGUCGAUCCAGUUUUGAAUCCGCUUAUUGUUGUGCUUCGGACGCCGGCGCUUCGCCGCCAAUUACGGUCACAAUGGACCGAUUUACGAUCACGUACAUUGUCGCGGUCGCGCUCGAAAGAUGGCAACGUGCGACGCCAUAAAAGUGUCACGUAUGGAUUUGAAAAAGAAAUGAAUACAAAACGAGAAAUCGAGUUUUGCGCAUUUUUAUAG